AUGCGUUUCCAGAACGAGAGUGAGAACACUAUGGAAGCUAUCCUGCUGAAUCGCCUGUCCACAUUUGCCACAAACAUCAAAGAGCAUCAAGUAAAAGCAUCAGAGCUAUGUGCGUGUCGUCCAUGGGGAAAGGAUGAGUUAGAGCAAGCUGCUAUCAUCGCAUCCAAACUACAAUCUAUACUGGGAAGAUUUCAAAGUGAUCUCUAUCAGUACUUCAAUCUAUCUAAGGAUCCUAACGCCGAUGAGAUUUCAAAUUUAACUGCCAUACAGCUAGAGGGUGAUGAAGUUUUAGCUGAACUUAAUACAAGAAUUCAAGCCGAUAAGGAUACAAGACAAGUCAAAUCUGAUCCUACAAAAAAUAGGAGCAAGUUACCAGAGUUGGAUUUAAUAUCUUUUCAUGGUGACGUUCUAGAAUGGACUCAAUUCUGGGACCAAUUUAGUUCCAACAUUGAUCAAAGGAAUAUACGAGACGUUGAUAAGCUACUCUACCUUAAAGCAUCAUUAAAGGAUGAAGCCAAAACCAUAAUCGAUGGUUUAGAGACCACGAAUGACAAUUAUAAGAUUGCCAUAGAUACUCUGAGAGAGAGAUACGGCAACAGAGUGCAGAUUGUUGACGCUCACUAUUCUUCCUUAUAUAAGAUUAAGAAGGCCACGAAGCCAGAAGAUUGCAGAAAGACAUUAGAUGAACUCGAGAGACAUCUAAGAGUCUUACAGUCCCUAGGAGAGGACACAAAUCAAAACCAUUUAAGAUUUCUUUUCAUGGAAAAGUUCCCUGAAGACGUCAUUUAUGAAAUGAAACUAAAAUUGAAGACUGAAUCCAUCGAAGAAAUAAGAAAACAACUAAACGCUAUCAUAUCAGCAAAAGAAGAUGCCAAGAGGAUAAGCGUUGAGACUAAAGAUAUGGAAACAACCUUUACUACUGAAACUUUACACAUAAGAGAUAAACAUGCGAAGAAAUCCAACGAUAGGAGAAUCAAACAUAGAGUUAUAAAUAUGAGGGAAAAACCAAAUAAAUUUAGAAAAAAUACAUCAACCUUUUCAAAUACAUUCACGCCUAAGAAAAGAACAUACGAGGCUAAUAGUGAAUCGAAUAAUGCGCAGGCAUCUGAAAAACGAAGGAAAUUAGAAUGUAUAUUUUGUCAAGGGGAUCAUUACAAUGACGUUUGCACGAAAUUUAAGACCUUGGCUGAAAGGAAAGAUAUAGAAAAAAUCAAGAAAAAUAAGAAAUUGACUGAAAGAUAUGUCCCGUCUAAAUACAACUCAGCUGAUGUAGGCAGACUAAUUCAACAGAAGAUUUUCAACAAUGCCUCAGCGGCCUAG